UUAUUUUGCUCCGGUGGCGCCCUCUAGUUUAUGAAGUGUCAAUUAAACGCGUGUCGUCCAUGUUCCGAAUGUGGUGUGACUUAUUUUUGUUUUGUGUUAAUUUUCAAUGUAAUAGUUAUAAAUGUGAAAUGCUUCAACAUGUGUUAUCCCAUAUAGUUGAACCUUGUUCAGGCUGAAUGGAUCCCGCCGUCGCGUGGUAUCAGCCCGAGCAGGAAGGACCCGCGAAGCGACUCUGGCUUCGUAUUUGGGAGACUCAAAGUGACAUAGACAAAAUGAACUUAAAAAAUUUAGAAAAUUCUAACCCCAAUGUGAAUAAAGCCCCAGACUUUAUACCAAUUAAUGACGUUAAUGGUGAAAAUAGGAACAAUAAUUACUUCAACCCCGCGCGGAGGAAAGCGAACGAUAACCGCGCAUCUACGUUUAACCUGAACAAAAACCACGAUGCGCUCAUAGGUGAAUACGGCGGCUGUCCUUGGAGGCUGCCCAAUUACAAUUAUAAGCCUGGUAUUUUGGGGCUGCACGAGGAGAUCGAGCACUUCUACAUGUACAUGUCGCCGACGGAGACGGAGCACCUGGUCCGCAGCACGGUUGUGACGCGCAUACGCAGCGCCAUCCUCGCGCUGUGGCCGCAGGCGCGCGUCGAGGUGUUCGGCUCCUUCCGCACCGGCCUCUAUCUGCCCACCAGCGACAUCGACCUCGUCGUCAUCGGUCAGUGGGAGAAGCUGCCGCUGUGGACGCUGGAGCGCGAGCUGGUGGCGCAGGACAUCGCCGAGAAGGAGACCAUCAAGGUGCUGGAGAAGGCCACCGUGCCCAUCGUCAAGAUGACCGACAAGUACUCCGACGUCAAGGUAGACAUCUCGUUUAACAUGAGCAGCGGCGUCAAGAGCGCAGAGUUAAUCAAACAGUUUAAGGAAAAGUACCCGGUCCUAUCUCGGCUGGUGAUGGUGCUGAAGCAGUUCCUGUUGCAGCGGGAUCUGAACGAGGUCUUCACGGGCGGCAUCUCAUCCUACUCCCUCAUCCUGAUGUGCAUCAGCUUCCUGCAGUUGCACCCGCGGCCCGAGCGCCUGCGCCAGCCCCACAACCUCGGAGUGCUACUCAUAGAGUUCUUCGAGCUGUACGGUAGGAAGUUCAACUACGUGAAGACCGCCAUCCGCGUCAAAAACGGCGGCUCCUACGUCUCCAAGGAUGAAAUACAGAAGGAGAUGAACGACGGGCACCGGCCGUCGCUGCUCUGCAUCGAGGACCCGCUGACGCCGGGCAACGACAUCGGCCGCUCCAGCUACGGCGCGCUGCAGGUCAAGCAGGCGUUCGACUACGGCUACAUAAUCCUGCAGCAAGCGGUGGGCGCGCACGUGAUGUGCGGGGGGCGUGGCGCGGCCGGUGCGGGGGUGGGGGCGGGGGCGGGGGCGCGGCACAGCGCGCUCGGCCGCGUGCUGCGCGUCACCGACCACGUGCUGCAGUACCGGCGCUGGGUGCGCGACACCUUCCAGCCCUACUUCUUCCCGCGCGCCCAGCUGCUGCCGCCGCGCCCCCCGGACCCCGAGCUCGACCGCGACCGCGACCGCGAGCUCGACCAUGACCGCGACCGCGAGCCCGCACUCGCCCUCGCGCUCGCACACGACACCGAGCACGAGCUCGACCACGAGCCCAGCGACAGCGACCAGGAGUGGUCGGACAGCUUAGGAGGCGGCGCGAUGGGCGUGGGGGGCGGUGCCGGGGGCGCUCGCAGCUCGCCGCCGCCGCUGUCGGCGCUGCAGUGCUCCUCGCCAACGCCGCGCCGCGUCUCCGCGCACCAGAGCCUCAUCAUCCACCAUAUCACCAGCAAUUCCGACUUUAACAACAUCCCCUCCGGCGUCAUGCAGCAGCGCUACGCCAAUGCCAACGCAAACGCCAACUCUAACGCCAACACUGGCGGGGGCGGGGGCGGAGGUGGGGGCGGGGGCGGCGGGGCCGAGGGCAAAGGCCGGUCGCGAACGUUCACCGGCAAGCAGCGGCGCUACCCCGGCUCACCCCCGCAGCCGCCGCGCCGCCCCGAGCAGCGCAACAAGAAGCGGCGCCAGUUUCCGCAGCCGCCGCGAUGA